AACAAAGAAAGACAGAGGCACUGUUUUGGGUAACAAAGAUUGUUCCUUCACUUGAAAUGGAGAGAGGAGAAGUGAAAGUUGACAAAUGGGGUUACGAAGUAAACACUUCCUCAGAUGCUUGCAUAUCUGCCAUUAACGCCUUCUAUGUUCAGGUUUUGAGUUAUGGGAGAGGCAGGUCUGUGAUAUUAGAAGCGCCGACACACGAUAGCAACUGUGUGCUUGCUAAUAUUUUGGCUGCGCAUUUUCUGUGCUCGUCUGAUCCUUCCAAAGCUCAUCCGUAUCUCCAAGCGGCCAACUCUCGGCUCGAACAAGCUACCCCGUACGAGAAGGCAGUUUUCGAUUCUGUCAAUUAUUUGAUUUCCGGGGAUAGAGAUGAUGAUGUUGCCUUUGAGUUGCAUUCUAAGCUCUUGAAAUGUUUUCCUAAAGAUCUGGUGUCUCUAAAAAGGGCCCAACUGUUGUGCUUCUACAUGGCUCGAAAUGAUCUCUCACUGGAUCUUGUUCAACAGGUUUUACCAAGUAAUCAACAAGAAGAAUAUGUUUAUGGUCUGCUUGCUUUCCCUUUACUGGAGCUUGGCCGGAUGGCAGAAGCUGAGAAAGCAGCGAGAAAGGGAUAUGAAAUCAACAAGCAAGACUGCUGGACACAACACAAUUUGUGCCAUGUUCUUCAGUACGAGUGUCGUUUUAAAGAAGCAGUAGAGUUCAUGGAAUCAUGCUCGUCAUCAUGGGAUUCUUGUCUGUCAUUUAUGCUCACACACAAUUGGUGGCAUGUAGCUCUGUGUUAUAUGGAAGGUUAUUCUCCAAUCGAAAGAAUCUUAGAGGUAUAUGACCAUCAUAUCUGGAAGGAGUUGGAAAAGGUUGAUACUUUUGGACCAGAGGUGUACUUGAAUGCCCUUGGGUUGUUUUUACGAGUUCAUGUUCGUGGUCAAAUGGAUGCAUUUGAAGACCGUUUGCAAACCUUAGCCAGACGCUUGACUGAUAGGGCAAACUGGUAUAUAGAUUGGCAACUUGACGUACUAGUUUUAUGGGCGUUGGCUAAUACUGGUGAGAUUUCAGAGGCUGAAGAGUUGCUCAAGGGCUUGAAAUCCAGAUUUUCUAAGAUGAACAAGAAGAAGCAACAAUCCAUGCAGAGUUCAAUAAUGCUUGCAGAAGCCAUGUACGAGUAUGGGAAGGGUAAUGAAAAACAUGCAAUGGAAUUGUUAGGUCCUAAUUUUGAUGCUGAUAACUGUAAGACGAUUGGAGCAUCUGGUGAACAGGUUGAUGUAUUCAAUGAAGUCUGGUAUUGUAUGUUGCUUAACAAUGGACAAGCUACAAAAGCAACUGAGGUGAUUGAGAAGCGGAUCAAGGCAAGAGACGGGAUCCCUUUCCUUUGGCGCCUCCUGGAGAGAGGUUAUAAACAAACAGGCAGACCGGAGGUUGCAAUUGCAAGCGAAAAGGCCAGGGGUCUAGAGACUGCAUAUUUCAGUUAAACCAGUAAGCGGGAAACCAGAUCAGAUGUACUUGUACUUUUCCCCCAAACUGCAUAUUAGAUUUAGAAAUGAAAGUCACAAAAUAAGAACAUGCCGUAUUUCGACUGUAACAAAUACAUACACAUUCCAUUUCAAUAAUGAGAAAUAGAAGCACAUAACUACUUCCACU